AUGAAUGAAACGAUGGAUGAACCUGUCGCAACGAGUGAAAAAUCGAAAAAGAUAGAAGCUAUAAAUAAAGAAACAAUCCAUCACAUUUGUUCUGGUCAGGUGGUUUUGGAUCUAGCCAUUGCUGUCAAAGAAUUAGUAGAGAACAGUUUAGACAGUGGUGCUACAGUAAUUGAUAUUAAAUUGAUUGAUUAUGGUAAAACAUGUAUCAGCAUAAAUGACAAUGGUAGUGGUGUACUGGAACAAGACUUCGAAGGCUUAGGCUUGAAACAUCAUACUUCAAAGCUCCGGGAAUUCACAGAUCUAAUAGAAGUAAAUACAUUUGGUUUCCGUGGUGAAGCAUUGAGUUCAUUGUGUGCUUUGUCUGAAUUAAGUAUCAUUACCAAGCAUUCAUUGAGUGAACAUGGUUUUAAAUUGGAAUUCGAUCGAAAUGGCAUAUUAAAAAAGAAAGAACCAUUUGCUAGAGAAAAAGGAACUACAGUGCACGUGAGAAACAUAUUCAAGAAUCUGCCUGUACGAGCUAAAGAGUUCCAAAAGAACCUAAAGAAGGAGUAUGCACGUACUAUACAAGUUUUGUAUGGUUACUGCCUGGUUUCUACUAAUGUCAAGAUCACCUGUUUCAAUACAAUAUCAAGCAAAUCACCUAAUCUUAUAGUAGCUACGAGAAGUAGCAACUAUGUUCUGGACAACAUAAACUCUGUGUUUGGCAAAAAAGCUCUAGAUGGCAUCGUGAAGCUCGAAUUACAAGCUCCCGACGAAAUGACAUUACAAGAAUACAAUCUCUCCGAUAAUGUACCCAUGGAUUUCGACUGGGAAUGUUAUGUGAGCGUCUGUGAUCAUGCGAUUGGACGUUCUUCCCCCGAUCGACAAUUUUUUUAUGUAAACGGCCGACCUUGUGAUCUCAUGAAAAUUAGUAAAUUGGUGAACAAUGUGUAUCAUAAAUACAACAAUAAGCAAUAUCCAUUUGUUUUCCUGAAUAUUAAAUUGGAUCGACAGUCCGCCGAUGUUAAUGUCACUCCCGACAAGAGAACUAUAUUUUUCACACAGGAACGUUUUAUUUUGGCGACACUGAAAUAUAGUUUGAUAGCAAAAUGGGAUAAAAUGCAAGGAAAUUUCACAGCCAAGACCUUAACAGACUUGAAUUUUAGUUUGAAAAGGGCGAUUUCGCCGAACAAUGCGCAUCCGCCAGCCAAAAGACUGCAGACUUCAUCUUCAAUAUCGCAUAUGUCGAGAAAUAAUGAUAUAUGGAAUGAUAUAAAGUUAAGAAAAAAAUCUGUAAAUGUGGAAAUGAUGAUAAAUAUAACAAUGAUAAAGCAGAAGUUAAAGGCAAAACAGAACGUUGUUAAGGCAUCUAUCAAUACAGGGAGAAGAAUAAAAUAUAGAGUACAAAUGGAAGGUAAUCAAGGCGAUGCUGAAAAGGAAUUGCAAAGAGAGUUGACAAAAGAUUCAUUUAGCAAGAUGGAGAUAGUAGGUCAAUUUAAUCUUGGUUUCAUAAUAGCACGCCUGGAAGAUGAUCUUUUCAUUAUAGACCAACAUGCUACUGAUGAAAAAUUUCGUUUCGAGAAGUUCAGCAACGAGACAAAGUUAAAAACGCAAAAGCUUAUUAUACCAAAGCCACUGAACUUUUCUGCACUGAAUGAAACGAUACUCAUAGAUCAUCAGCAGACUUUUGAAGAUAAUGGAUUUACUUUCAAAAUCGAUAAGCAAGCUGAACCUGGCAAAAGAAUAGAAUUGAUAGGAAUGCCUGUUAGCGGUGGUUGGCAGUUUGGCCAAGAGGAUAUCGAAGAACUGGUGUUUCUUAUCAGAGAAGGCGGUAGUGAAAAUAAAGAGAAGCACAUAUUUCGACCGAGUCGCGUCAGACAGAUGUUGGCGUCCAGAGCGUGUCGCAGCGCGGUCAUGAUCGGCACGGCUUUAAAUACUAACGAGAUGCAAAGGCUAAUAAUGCAAAUGACACAAAUGCAGAAUCCAUGGAAUUGUCCGCAUGGAAGGCCCACUAUACGACAUUUGUUAUCAUUGCUACUGGUAAACAAAUAAAUGAAUUUGAUGUUCUCUUGUACAAAAAUUAUUCUUUAUCUAAAAAUAUUUACAAAGGUUUAACUAAAACUUUCAACUAGGAAUUGGU